GCUGUGACGAACAGGCAGCCCUUUGCAAUGCAUUCACUAAGUUAACAGAGAUAUUGGCAAAUUAUCAACAUUAUGGAAUAGCUUUGAAUGGCUUUUUGUCACACCAAAGGCCUGAGAUAUACCUGAGAAGUCAGCGGCACAUACUUACACUGAAAAAGAUACCCCGGCUACAAUUAAGUAUACUUAGAAGGACCAGACGUCUUUUCAGUAGAUGGAUUAAUUGUGAUAACUGAAAUGUAUGCCAUGAAACUGUAUGAGCAGAUUUCUUUUAAUCAACAGAAUUUUGAUCUUUGGUCCUUUUAUGACAAGGUAUAGCAGCAAUGGAAGAACAUUUUCUGUCUGCCCAGGCUCAAAAAAUUGCAGAAGCCCGGUUAGCUGCCAAGCGGGCUGCACGGGCGGAGGCAAGAGAAAUCAGAAUGAAGGAACUGGAGCGACAACAAAAAGAGAUCUAUCAGGUUCAGAAGAAAUAUUAUGGCUUGGACAACAAAUGGGGAGAUAUUGAGCAGUGGAUGGAGGACAGUGAAAAGUACUCCCGCCGUGCAAGAAGAAACACCUCGGCUUCUGAUGAUGAAGAACGAAUGUCUGUGGGUAGCCGAGGCAGUCUAAGGUCAGACUUGGACAGUGCUGGUGCUUAUGGAGGGGUUGGUCUUCAAAAGGAAAAAUCCAUGAAGAAAAGUUCAAGAAGUUCAAGAGCUAACUCAAGAAACAGUGAUGAGAGUAAACAGUCUUCAAGACGAGAGCAGCUCCUGGGGAAUCACUACUCAUCUGACCUCUACAACUGCAGUGGCCUUUCUUCAAAACCCCAAACUUCAACACAAAAUGGAUCACGGCCUUCCAUGCUUUGUAGCAAUGGCCUUCCAUCUCGGAGCAUCAGGGGGUCUCUACAUGAUGACAGUAUGUUCAGUGGUACUCGUCGGUUUAGUGCCUCCAGCUCUCGAGCUCCAUCAGAGUACAGUGGUUUCCUGGGUUCCAGCUCUCGUGCUUCUUCUCGGGCCAGUUCUGCCCGCGCCAGUCCUGUGUCCUUUGAAGAGUCUGAUUCAGUCGCAGGAUUCUUGCGCUGUGCUGCUAGCAGUAGCAGUGUGUUACAUGACCUUGAGGAUGUUACGAUCCCUGACUUCUCAUAUGUUGAAGAAAGGCCAGAAAGGGAUUUUGUUGAAAAGGGAUCACGGAGCACCUCCACACUCUCCGCAGCUACACUUGCUUCUUUAGGUGGGACAUCCUCUAGGAGAGGAAGUGGGGAUACAUCUAUUUCUGUGGACACAGAAGCUUCUAUACGAGAGAUAAAGGAUAUUCAUGAGUUAAAGGACCAGAUUCAGGAUGUGGAAAGCAAAUAUAUGAAAGGGCUCAAAGAAGUGAAGGACUCCUUAGCUGAAGUUGAAGAGAAGUAUCGGAAAGCAAUGGUGUCCAAUGCUCAACUUGACAAUGAGAAAACAAACCUCCUUUUUCAAGUGGACACACUAAAGGACUCAUUAAUUGAGUUGGAAGAACAACUUGCAGAGACGAGGCGCGAGUAUGAAGAAAAAUCUAAACAAUAUGAACGAGAAAGGCAUGCCCACAGUGUACUACAGUUCCAGUUCAGUGAGAUGAAGAAAACACUUCAACAAACUGAAGAAUUGUUAGCUGAAGUUCGACAACUACACCUCAAGCAAGAAAGUUAUGUUAGGGAAAUAUCUGACCUACAGGAAACCAUUGAAUGGAAGGAUAAAAAAAUAGGGGCAUUAGAAAGACAAAAAGAAUAUGCAGAUGCAAUAAGAAAUGAACGUGAUGAGCUACGAGAAGAGGUGGUGAUGCUGAAGGAUUUAUUAAAGAAACAUGGAAUAGUCCCUGGUUUAGAGGUGACCACAAAUGGAGAAGCAGGAAGCAUUAUUAUUGAUGGUCCUGCUGAAUCAGAAACUGUAACAAUGGAAAUUCAGGAUUCUGCUCAGGGUUCUCAGUCACCGGAUGGGGUUAUUGGAAAACGUGAGGAAGUGGAGAGGGUGGAUGAUGAUAAAAGGGAAAUAAUGCCAAGUCCCAGAAGUGAAGGUGGAACACGUGAUUCAUCAGUAGAUGAUAGAGAGAUGAAAGAAGAAUCCUUCAACAAAAAGACUCAAGAGAAUUUGCUUAAGAAUGAAGAGUCUUCAUCUGUUAUAUCCAUUACUGACAAAUGUUAUGACUUGGAAGAUAAUCAGGAAGAAGAUCAAACUAAAUGUUUUUCACCUACAUGUUCAGAGACAGAAGACACAUUUAUUAAAAACAGUGAAUUUAACCCAAAUGACCUAACGAAUGAUAGUUUGCCCUCUUAUGUUCCAAAUGUUAUAGAGUCUACUUCAUUGCUUAAUGAAUCCUCUGCAAAUGAAGAUAGAAUGAGAAUGCAUGCAGUAAAUGUAAUUACUGGGGAUGGUGACAAAAAUUACCAAGAUGUAUUAAAAUCUGAAAUAGAGAAUAUUAUUGAUGAGCCGAAUACUAAUGAAAAGUUGCACAAACAUGAAUUAUUUAAAAACGUGAGUGGAGGUUCUUUGCAGGGUGCUGUUAAUUUAAAUGCAUCUCCAGACACAGGCUUGUGCGAAAAUAAAUUAAUUCAAGAUUCCGAUGAGAAGUCUCUUAAAUUAUUAGAUAAAGCUGACCAGAGAGUACAUUUAGACAGGGAAUUAAGACUUGAACAGGAAUGUGUGUCUGGUGAAAAAGUAACAACAAAUGAAUUUAGUGAUAGCUUUCAAAAUGUAGGUCAGAGUGUGCACCUUUGUGGAUCAAACUCCAGUGUUGGCCACAUACAGAAUAAAAAUAAUAGUGAUGUAAGUGAAGGCAGAAAUAUAGACUCAAAAGAGUUUUUUCAGAACAAGACAGAAAAUUUAUCAUCACUUGAUCCCAAUCUAAACAUAACCCUAGAUGAAUGCAGAAACAUUGGACAGGAGUGUGGCAAAGAAGGAGUUCUGCUCUUAGAAGGGCCUUUAGUUUCAGUUUGUUUUGAAGACCUCAGGGGCAGUGAAAAUUCAGUAGAUAGAUUCACAGAAGAUAGAAGUAGUAAAAAUCAAAGCCAAGGAGCUGACAGCAUAGAAUCUGAAGCUUUAAAAUUAAACAAUACUGUAGAAAAUAUUGUUGUAAAGGUUUGCUUGGAAGAUAAAACUACAUUGAAAGCAGACAAUGCCAUUUUACCCUCAAAUGAUGACAGAAAUAAUUUCUCAGAUAAUCUGGCUGUGGAAUCAGAUGUUAAAUAUAACAAUGACUUAAGCAAUGUUGUCAAAACUGUGGCUACUGAAAAUGAAGAUAAACGGCUCCUAGAACAAGCUGAUUUGACUUUAAGCAUUGCAGAGGAUAAAGUGAACACCAUGUGUGAAACUAAGCAAAUAAUCUGUUUUCUUGAAGAACCAAAGGUUAAAGAACUUGUGGAGAAUAGAGAGAAUUUAGCAGAGACUGAAAAAUCUCAUCAAAUCUUUUUAGAGGUAUCUGAAAAGAUUGUGAAAGAAAUUAUCACAGCUGUCUGCAAUGAGUUUGUGAUGGAAAUAAAAGAUUACAAAGCAGCAGGUGAUCCCAAUCAGUGUAAAGAAAUAAAUGCAAAGAAUGGUAAAGCCAACAGAGAAACCCAUCAAGAAAAGUCAGCUUAUUCAGAAGUGACUAUGCAGGAGUGUGAUGAUCAAGAGGAUGGUGCUCAAGCAAUGAAGGAAACUAUUUCCUGUAAAACAAAUCUUGUUAUAGUAACCAAUAACGAGGAAGCUGAAAAUCAGCAAACAAUAUUAGAAGAUGAUUAUUUGCAAAGUAGUGAAGAAGGUGACAAAAAUAAUGCUAAAGACAAUAAUCAAAUGUCACCAAAUUGCGAACAAGCAAGUCCUGUGAGUUACAGUUCAGAAGUGAAAGUCAAUGAAGACAUUGUCUGUGACAGCUAUGAUCCAGGUAUAGUGGAUGAUUCACAAAGUAAUUUACAACUGGAAGGAUUUGAAAAUCAAGCCACCUCUGAUCUUAAGUUAAGGGCUGUGGUGAAAGAUGCCAUCCUGAUAUCGGUCAGUGGUCCUACAGAGAAAAAAGAUCACACUGAAGACGGUAUUCCCUCAAAACAAAGUGAAAUAAAAAAAGAUGAAUUUCAAAACUGUGAAGAUUUGAAUAUACCUGUAGCUUGUGGUUACGUUCAAGAACAGAAAAAUUCCAGUGAAGAUUUGAAAGAUGAUGCAGAGAAUGUGAGUGUCAUGACUAAAACUAAACAUAUUGCCAUGGAGAUAUGUGAUUUAGCAAGUAAUUUAGAAGAAGAAAAACUGAGUUCAGAGGUGAAUAAAAAGGAUGAAGAAAAUAUUAAAGAAGAGCCUUCUGUGAUGAAAGAUAAAGUAAUUGAAUCCAACAGUAUCAAUGAGCUGUUGACAAAAUGUACUUCUAAAGAUGUGAACCUUACUUUACCAGAUGAUGUUGAAGAUCUCAAAAUGCCUUAUAGAGCAGAAAAGGAAAAUUAUGGUUUAUACUUUCAAAGAUAUCAUUCUGAUCAGCCACCAGUUAAUGUGGAUAUUUCACAAACUAACACAAUAGAAGAAAUUGUUGAUGUACAAAGCAUGAAUGAACAACUAAAGAAUAAGGAGGUUGAGUUAUCAAAAAUUAUAGACACUUCCCAGGAUGAUUGUAUUGCUUUUGGUAGUUCAGUUGAAAAAGAAAAACAAGAGUCUGAACUGAUGACUCAACAAAUGUUUAUGUAUGACACAGAAAAUAAAAGUGACCACCAGCAUUUAGAGUGCCACAAUCUACAUGAAUCUUCAGACAAAUGUUGCCUCCAUAACAUGUCUGAGCAGAAUCAAGAAGUUACGGUGUCUCACUUGAAAGUGAUUAACUGUGAAAGUCCUGUCUGUAAUCAGGCAUUACAAAGUAUUGAGAAACUCAGUUUGUCAGAGAACGUAAGUGACCUUACAGUACCUGCCAUUGUCAAAGUGGAAGCAAGUUUAAGUAGCUUUACUGAUAAAUAUAAACAAGCUCCAGGGCAUGAUGUUACAUUACAAACCAGUAAUGAAGAAGGAGAAAGCACAGAAUCAAAUAACAAUAUUAAUGAUUUGCCAAUUAAAUGGAAACUGGAUUCAUUAAGUAUGGAGAAGGAGUCCUCAAUAGAGCUGCAAACAGAGUGUAAGAUUGACACUGAUGAGUCUUGCAAGAUGGAUGUUCAAACUUUUACAAAUGAGGAAAAUGCUAAACAUCAAGCUGAUGAUAUGAAUAUGCAGAACAAUAUAAAAUAUGGGUCAAUUGAAGAUGGAGUACCAGAUAUACUUCCUGUCUAUGACAGUCUUGAAAAUCUAGAGCAAAACUUGAUAGUUAUGCACCAUCCAGCAGAGGAAGAAAAGUUAGAUCCUGAAAGUAGUAAUCAGUUAGUACAGAGUGGCGAAAAACAAGAAUUGGAAAGCAAACCAUCGGCAGACAUGUACAAAGACUAUUUUAGUGAUUCCAUGGAUAUCUCUGAGAAGUCAGAGGAGGAGAUACAUUUUUCAGUUCAUACUUUGGGUGGAGAAGGAGAUAAAGCUAAAGAUAGCAUUGCACUGUCUGACAGUAGCAAAGAAGUUUGUGAAACAUGCUAUAGCACAGAACCAAAGGAGGUCAGUAAUCUUUCAGAAACAGGAAAACCACAAGAUGAAGUAAUCAUAUCCGAUACAGCAUCAGCAAAGACAGCUUUCCAAUCUGAAAAAGAUCCUGUUAAUUUAAAAGAAGAAAAUGUGAUUGGGAUAGGCCAUUUAGAACAUAUGAAGGAGGAUACCUCUGUUGAAGGAAAAGCAGAUAAAAAUAUUAAUGUAGAAGAAAUUAAUAUGGGCAUUGAGGGAGAUGAUCAAGAUGAACAUGAGGAGGGGGAUUCAUUUCAAUUUGAUGAUGAGGCAACAGUUACUUUGGAAAAUUCUGAAGUUUCUGGGCAAUUUGUGGAAAUAAAUGAAAGUAGCUCAGUUUUUAAAUCAAAUGAUGAAACUGAGAUGCAGGACAAAGAUAGAGAAAUAAACUUAGAGAAAAUAAAUGACAAAGGAAGUUCACAGCAGAGCAACACAGAAACUGCAUAUGUGGCAACAUCACCAAGCAAAGAGGAGAGUGGAACUCUUCCUGAACUGAUGGAAAAUGACACAAAUAACACCAAACCUCUUCCUGAGGUAGAUAAUGGGGAUGGAGAACUAGAGGAAUUGUCACAAAUUGAAUCAGAAAAUAAGCAGGAUAGUGGUAAGCAGGAACAAGCCAAAUUAAACAAGAAAUCCAAAGGGAAGAGUAAAGAAGAAUGCAAACUGUCUUAGCCACUUUAAAUGCAAACUACCUGAAGUUAAACACAUUAGACUAGCUUUGCUUCUGUGUUUACAUUAAGAACUGUGCCACAGCAUUGCAUGAAAAUAUUUGUCAUUGUAGUUAGUAGUGAAAUGCCCACCAUUAGUAAGUAUGGAAAUUUACAUUAAAUAAUGUUUUCUGAUUACAGUUUUAGAUGUUGUUAACGUUUAAAGGCACUUUUAAAUUUUUAUUUAUAUAAAAUUGUGGCUCUAACUUGACUGUCUUCUUUAAGUUAUAAAAUAUUUUUGUGCUUGCGUUUUGUUAGGUCAACUUAAGGGAAGGUUAUUUCAUGUUCAGUAAAUACUUUAGAGAGCAAGAGACAAUUUUCAGAGAUUUAUAGAUGUAUUAUAUAUUUAAUCUAGACAGUUUUAAGCAAAUUAAAGAAGUGGAUAAACAAGCCUUAUUUUUGCAGUUCCAAAAUAAUUGAAUUACAGUUAUACCUGUAGAUAUUAAGUGUAUUGGAUAGGCCAAUGGUGAAUGUAAUGAUUUCUGGAUCAAAGUGCCUUUUUGAUCAAAUAUAAUACGUUUUUAGUGCAUAAAAAAUGGCUUAUUUCAAUAUAAAAAGAGUUCAGUUUUCAGCUGCAAUAUUUGUAUUCUGUAUAUACUGCCAAAAGUAGAAGUACUAUACUUUUUUGGGAAUCAUAUUACAAAACUAAAAACAGCUUUAAGCAUAUUAUAUGUACAUAUACAGUUAAUGUAUUUUUACAGUGUGUUUCUUUUGAAAUUUGAUUCACACAUCAGUAGAUUUUAAUUCCGCUGUAUAUGGAACAAUCCCUGUCCAUGUUGUGCAUUUUCUACUGUAUAUCAUAAUUUAUUUGAAGUUAAAAGACAAAUUCUUAUUCAUCUUACAUUUGUUAUACACAGAAAAAGGGUAAAACAUCAUUAUUGUUAUUUUGUCUUUUCAUUUUUUGAGAGCACUUUAUAAUAAAUUAAGUGAAAGCUGGCUGUUUAAUUGUAUAUCAGAAAAAUGCAUAUCCCUAUGCCACAUAAGAAUAUUUCUUUCUAAAACAUAUACGCAAUUGCUUGUAUGCAUUUAGUCUUAAUAAAAUUGUUAUUAUAACACCAA